GGCUGCAGGUUCCACCUCCGCGCCGCGUCAGGCUGCGCGGGCUGGAGAAAGAGGAAAGAAAGGCGCGCGCCAGGAGACCUGGGCACGGAGCGAGAUAUUGAGUGUGGGGUGGGGUGGGGAAGCCCCAGAGAGUGUGGACAUGGACCCUGUGGCUGGAGCCUUGCUCAAGAUGCUCGCUCUUUUGUCUGCGCAGACCUGCAGCACAGUGGUGGCGGGGAAUACUUACAACUGUGAUGCUCCACUGGCCUCUGCCUUGCCGCGAGUAUCCUUCAGUAGCUCCUCAGAGCUGUCCAGUAGCCAUGGCCCUGGCUUUGCAAGUCUAAAUCGGAGAGAUGGAGCUGGUGGCUGGACUCCACUUGUGUCAAAUAAAUACCAGUGGCUGCAGAUUGACCUUGGAGAGAGAAUGAAGGUCACGGCAGUGGCCACCCAGGGAGGAUAUGGGAGCUCCGACUGGGUGACCAGCUACCUUCUGAUGUUCAGUGACAGCGGGAGGAACUGGAAACAGUAUCGACGAGAAGAAAGCUUCUGGGGCUUUCCAGGAAACACAAACUCAGACAGCGUGGUGCAUUACAGACUUCAGCCUCCCUUGGAAGCCAGGUUCUUGCGUUUCCUGCCUUUAGCCUGGAACUCCAAGGGCAGGAUUGGCAUGCGGAUUGAAGUGUAUGGAUGUGCAUACAGAUCUGAGAUGGUUAAUUUUGAUGGAAAAAGUUUCUUAUUGUACACAAUUAAUCAGAAAUCCAUCAGUUCAAUGAAGGAGAUCAUUACUUUGAAAUUUAAAACCAGGCAGAGUGAUGGGAUUCUACUCCACAGAGAAGGACAAAAUGGCAAACAUAUCACCCUGGAAUUAGUUAAAGGAAAACUCAUCUUGUUCUUUAAUUCAGGUGGUGCUAACCUGCCCUCCCUAGAUGCCCAGGUGACCCUCACCUUGGGCAGUCUGCUGGAUGACCAACACUGGCAUUCUGUCCUCAUUGAGGUCCUCAACACACACAUCAGUUUCACAGUGGACAAACAUACUCACCGUUUCCAGGCAGAGGGAGAGGCCAGCCUUUUAGAUUUUGAUUAUAAGAUCAGCUUUGGAGGGAUUCCUGGACUUGGAAAAUCAGUGGUGUUCCCACAUAAAAGCUUCAAUGGGUGUUUUGAAAAUCUCUUUUAUAAUGGAGUGGAUAUCAUUGAUUUGUCCAAGAAACACAAACCAGAGAUACUCAUCAUGGGAAAUGUGUCCUUCUCCUGUUCACAUCCUCAAACUGUCCCUGUGACUUUUCUGAGCUCAAGGAGUUAUUUGGCUCUGCCUCAUCCCACUGGAGAGAACUCAAUAGCUGUCACUUUCCAAUUUCGAACAUGGAACCGAGCGGGGCUGUUGCUGAAAAGUCAGUUUCUACACUGGUCAGGGGCUCUUGUCCUUGUUCUUAGUGAUGGAAAACUCAAGCUGAGCCUCUGCCCACCUGGCCAGCCAGUGAGAGCCGUCAUAGCAGGUGAUGGAUUAAAUGAUGGUCAGUGGCAUUCUGUGUCCUUAUCUGCUAAUGGGAAUCAUUUGAGCCUGAAGGUGGACAAUGAUGUAUCCUCUGCUGCCCAUUCGCAGCGUGGGCAGAUUCAUUCUGCUAAUACCUAUUAUUUGGGG